AUGCCACCGAAAUUUGGUUCAUACGACUACCGGACCACCGAUGAGGAGCUGAAGUCUAGCACCGGAACCUCUGUGGACACCACCACCAGUAGUAGCCAUCAACACAUGAGUGCUAACUAUACUGCCGGCGAAACUUAUUCAUACAAAUCUCAUGAAAUUGUGUGGAGAAAUGUGAUCCUGUUAUCCAUUCUGCAUAUUCUGGCCUUUUAUGGUUGGCUACUAUUCGUGUUCAUCGAUGAACUCAAAUGGCAGACAGCGGUCGCAACCUUCCUCUUCGGCCUCUUCUCAUCCUCAUUAGGCAUAACAGCCGGCGCUCAUCGGCUUUGGUCUCAUCGCAGCUAUAAAGCCAAAUGGCCGCUCAGGUUAUUAUUAGCCUUCGCCAACACAAUGGCCCUUCAAAAUGAUAUCUACGAAUGGAGUCGAGACCAUAGGGUUCACCACAAGUUUAGCGAAACCAAUGCCGACCCCCACAACGCCAACAGAGGCUUCUUCUUCUCACAUAUGGGUUGGCUAUUACUCAAGAAACACAAAGAUGUCAGAGAGAAAGGCGCGAGUGUGGAUAUGAGUGACAUAUGGGACGAUCCUAUUAUCCGAUUCCAGCGACGGUUUUAUGUUCCCUUAAUUAUACUGAUCUGGGGGGUCAUCCCUACUCUCGUGCCUUAUUAUGUGUGGAAUGAGCGGCUCUGGUAUGCAUUCCUGGGCUGUGUUUGCUUCCGGUACGUGUAUGUCCUGCAUUGUACCUGGCUCGUCAAUAGUCUCGCACAUUUAGAGGGCAAUAGACCCUAUGACCGACAUAUUGGACCAAGGGAAAACAAUUCUGUCAUUUAUUUUGCAUUUGGCGAAGGCUACCAUAACUAUCACCACACGUUUCCGUGGGACUACUCGGCCUCAGAGUUUGGGUGGAAAUCCAACUUCAAUUUGACGACACUAUUGAUAAAGUUCUUCGAGUGGUGCGGACUGGCCUACGACCUCAAGAAGCCGUCCCAUAACCUCGUAAGGGGUCGACAGGAAAGGACGGGCGACGGCUCGGACAAUAAGUUGGUUCGCGUCGGUGUCAUCCGGGACUGGAUUCUGGGCGUCGGAUUCAGAAAACGUAUGUCCCUUCCCGUGUCAUUGUCGGAGUGCUGGGAUGUCUGGGCUGUUGUCUACUCUAUGUCUUGCGAUCCAAUCUCAGUGUUGCUAUCAUUGCAAUGGUUGAUGAGAAACAACGUUAAUAAAAGCGAUGUUAUAUCCAAUUAUAAAGGUCAAUAUCAAUGGACUCAAUCAGUGCAGGGGGUGAUACUGGGCUCAUACUUCUACGGCUAUACUCUGACACAAUUUUGUGGUACAUUUGCCGACAGGUUUGGUGCCAAAUGGAUGGUCGGAUUGGGGGUAUUCCUACCGGCAAUAUUCAACGCUUUUAUUCCUAUGGUGGCCGACAUUCACUACACACUUGUGGUUGUUCUCCGAGUACUUAUCGGUGCCUUUCAUGGGGUAGUCUUCUCCUGUCUUUUCUCAAUGUUUGCCAAAUGGUUCCCACAAUCGGAGACAAAUCUGGCCCUAACGGGCAUUAUAUUUUCGGGCAAUUUAGGCGGUGUCCUCACAAUGCCAUUAGUGGGCUAUCUCUGCAAAAUUGAUUUACUUGACGGCUGGCCAACCGUUUUCUACUUUACAUCGUUUAUACAUAUAUUUUGGUUUAUUUCGUGGAUUUAUUUUGUUAGUAAUAAACCCGAAGACAGCAAACGGAUUACUGUNACAAAUCUGGCCCUAACGGGCAUUAUAUUUUCGGGCAAUUUAGGCGGUGUCCUCACAAUGCCAUUAGUGGGCUAUCUCUGCAAAAUUGAUUUACUUGACGGCUGGCCAACCGUUUUCUACUUUACAUCGUUUAUACAUAUAUUUUGGUUUAUUUCGUGGAUUUAUUUUGUUAGUAAUAAACCCGAAGACAGCAAACGGAUUACUGUCAGAGAACUCGAGUAUAUUAUGUCCGACAAUAAGACGUCGAAGAAUAUGAGGCAUCAAUCGAUUCCCUGGAAAGACAUCUUUAUGUCGAGAGCCGUCUGGGCGUCGAUUGUGAGCAAAAUAUGCGGUUCUUUCGGUUACUAUGUUUUGUGCACAAAAAUGCCCACAUAUUUGGAUACAGUGUUCGGUAUGUCUAUACAGACCAACAGUUGGUUUAAUUCGCUAUUCUAUGCUACACUUUGUGUGUCGACGCUGAGUGCCGGCCCCCUCUCCACGUGGGUUAACAACAAACACUGGAUUUCGUUGACCAGAAGUCGCAAGAAUUUUCAAAGUUUUGGUAUGUUCAGUUGCUGUAUUUGUAUAUUAAUAAUCCCGAUGGUGGGGUGCGAUAUUGUAGCCGUCAUAUCCCUACUAUUGGUGGGAAUGUUUCUAUUCGGGGCCAUCACUGGUGGUGAGUACGCCUGUAUCCCAGAGUAUGCGCCCAAUUACUCGGGAACAGUGUUUGGUGUGUCCAAUACGUUGGCCUCAACCACGGGAUUUAUGGGCCCACAGAUUGUCGGACUGUUACUUGACUAUGGGGAGGGGUCGGGUGUUCGCCAUCAAUGGGAUAUAGUAUGGUAUUUGUCGGCCGCUAUCUAUGGUUUCGGAGGAAUAUUCUUCGAGAUGUACGGCACUGCAGAACCUCAGACAUGGGCUCUCGUCAACGAUGAGUCCAUUACUAAGGACUUAAAUAAAGACAAUAAUAAUUUAAAAGUAUAA